UAUCCGCUAGUUUAUUUAUUCACUUGCACUAUUAUCAGUCGGUAAAAUGUUUGAGUUAACUGAACACCACAAGCAGCUUAUAGACGAAGUUGCUAGAAAAAAGGGAUUCACGGACUAUGAGCUCACUGUUGCACCCUGUUUAUCAAAAGGAGGCAACUUCAUGGGAAUUGUUUCCGCUGUCACUAUCCACAAUAGUGAAAAAAAGAUGGAAGUAGUCUUAAAAUCAGCGUUUUCGUAUGAAAACGAAAAACCUCCAAAGAUGCUUAGUGAGGCUUACAAAAGAGAAAUUUACAUGUACACCAGAAUUUUCAAUGAAUUUUUCAAAUUUCAAGAGGAGUAUGGCAUUAUAGAACCAUUUAACAGUGUUACUAAAAUACAGAACUACUCAGAUGUCGAGGGAAGCCAAUGUUUGAUUAUGGAAAACUUGAAAACAGGAGGAUAUCAGCUUUGGGACAAAACUAUUCCUUUAACUCCAGAACAUAUGGAAAAAGUUAUCCAAGAGUACGCCAGAUUUCAUGCAGUGUCAUUUGCUAUGAAACACAAAAAUCCUAAAUUAUUUGAGGAGCUAACUUCUCCGAUAGAAAGGAGUAUUUUUGAUAAUGAAGAUAUGAUUUCAAGUGUUGAUAAAAGUAUCAGUUAUGUUACCACACUUUUUAAAAACGUUUAUGAGGCAAUAGAAGGUGAUACACAUCUUACGGAAUACGCGAAGGAAAUUGAGACUAAGUUACCUCAACAUCUUUGGGAAGGAAUCAGAAGAAAAGAUGUAAAAUGUGUUGUUUCUCAUGGUGAUUGUUGGUGUAAUAAUUUCAUGUUUAAAUACAAGGAACCUCAAAACCGAGUCACACCAAGCAAGAUCUGUAUAAUCGACUGGCAGUUGGCCAGUCUUAAUUCCCCUCUUUAUGAUUUUGCAUACUUCUUCCUAGUACACGCAGACAAAGAAACCUUAAACAAAUACGAGGAGUAUUUAGACUUGUAUUAUAACACCCUAUCCAAACAAUUGGAGAACUUUGACUGUGAUCCUCAAGAAGUAUUUCCGUAUGCAACAUUUGAAGAACACGCGAAUUUUUAUGGGUUUUAUCAGGUUCUUAUUGCCAUUAUAGUACUAAAAAUAAUGCUAUGUGAAAGUGAAGAUGCACCAGAGUUUUCUGAUGCUCUGGAGGAUAUGGACAAAAUGAUAGCAGGAAUGGAAUUCGAUGUUAAGAAUAAAGAAGUAUAUCAUAAUCGACUAAAAGAUUUAUUUGAGUUUCUGAAUAGUCGUAAUUUUUAAAUUUUAUUAUUUAUUGUAUAGUAGUUUUAUUAUAAGAGUGUUCCAAAAUUUAUCAAAAAUUUGAAUACAAUAGAAAAAACUGCUUUUUUGUAUGUUUA